AAUAAUCCAAGAAGAAAAGACUAAACAUUUGGACCAAUCAAUUAUCACAUUCAACUGUUUUGUAUAUGUGUCAGUGUUCUCCUUUGCCGGCAAUGGCAGCAUUUCAAUACAAGUCUACAAAUACUACAACAACGUUAUUUAUUGUUAUCAACACCUCACACUCAAAACAAACAAACAAAACAGAGCAAAUUACUCUUCUCCUCCUCAUGACUCCUUCUGGAUUUUCAUUAUCUUCAACUGCUGAAGAUGUUACUCAUGGGAUUCAUGGGAGUGGCCUCACAGCAAUUGUCACAGGAACAACCAAUGGUAUUGGCAAUGAAACUGCAAGAGUUCUUGCCUUGCGUGGUGUUCAUGUGAUUAUGGCUGUUAGAAAUAUUGUGGCAGCACAACUUGUCAAAGAAGCAAUACUUAAGGAGAUUCCAACGGCUAAAGUUGAUGUGAUGGAGUUAGAUCUCAGUUCAUUGGCAUCUGUUAGAAAAUUUGCAUCAGAUUUCAAUUCAUCUUCUUUUUCAUUGAACAUUCUAAUAAACAAUGCAGGAAUUUGUGCACCUGUUUUCACACUGUCCAAAGACAACAUUGAACUACAAUUUGCCACAAAUUAUUUGGGUCAUUUUCUUUUAACAAAUCUUUUGUUAGACACUAUGAAGAAAACAGCAUUUGAAAGCAAGAAAGAAGGAAGAAUUAUUAACGUCUCAUCUGAUGGUCACAAUUAUACAUAUCCUGAAGGAAUCCGUUUUGAUAAAAUUAAUGAUGAAUCAAAUUACCUGAGAUGGAAGGCAUAUGGUCAAUCUAAGCUUGCCAACAUUUUACAUGCCAAUGAACUUGCAAGACAUCUCAAGGAAGAUGGAGUUGAUAUUACUGCAAAUUCUCUUCACCCAGGAUGUAUUUACACCAAUAUUGUAGGUCCUGAGGUUGCUAAAACUAUCCCAAAAGAUAUGCUAAAUAUGCUUGGUGAUUAUGUACUUAAAAAUGUACAGCAGGGAGCAGCAACAACCUGCUAUGUAGCAUUGAACCCACAAGUGAAGGGUAUUAGUGGAAAAUAUUUUUCUGACAGUAAUGUGGAUGAACCAAGCUCACAGGCAACAGGCAUUGAUUUGGCAAAGAAACUUUGGGAUUUCAGCAUGAAAUUAAUUGAAUAGAAUAUACCAAAAAUCAUAUGUAUUUUCAAUAAAUUAUCAUUGCAUUCUUUGCCACUCUAGUCUAGUGGCAUUGAAAUAUCAUCAAACAUUACAUGGAAGUACCAAAAGUCAUUAAAUAUAUAUAAAUUGGAAAGUUAAGUAUCAA